UAGCAUUAUAUUGUCGUUUUAAUGUGGAACACGUACACAUAUGCGAAACAUCGAAAGCUGGUGUCCGAAGUGGUAAAAAUAUUAGUGUGCGAUGUUGUCAAUGUACGGAGUGUCUUGUAUCCGUUUACAUUGGUGUGUGUUGUUUACACUAGCGUGUAUUGUUUACAUUGGCGUGUGUUGCUUCUUUUAUGAAGGCCAAGUCAUGUAUAUCGCUUCAAUCAAUAAUUAUAUAUGUGUGUGCAAAGAAAAUUAUAAGUUAAUAGCAUAUUUUUAGUUGUAAAGUAGGCCAAGCAUAUCUCCCUAGUGACAGUACUGGGCCGUGUCACUCAUCCUGAGUGAAUAUACUGCCAUAGGAGCAUGUACAAUACUCCCCAAUAGGAAGAAAACCCGCUGGGUUGUUCAUCCUGUCACUUGUACCUGGACGCGCAGUUAAAACUUAUAAUAAUAAUAAUAAUAAUUUAUUUAGGAACAGUACAUACAUAAUUGCAGCAUUACGGUACAAACAUUCUGUUAGAUUUAAAGAUAGCAGUAGUUCAUACAAUACUUAAAGCCACUAGUACGCAUAGCGUUUCGGGCAAAUUAUCUGUUCUCAAGUUUAUAAAAAAAAGAUCAGCAUAGUGUAAGAAAAUGCCUCUUCUCCAUCAACCAAGAGGGCUGCUUUGGUCUUGCAUUAGCUCGACUAGUGAGAUGGUUAUAGCACAGACACUUUCUUCACCAGAUCAUGUGCAGGAGGUAAGCACACGCAUGUUGCUUCACAAGUACCUGGCUCCCAUGCUGAUGCAGGAUGUACUCGGUUGUGUCCUACGACGGCUUGCUAUUCACCAUUCAGCUCAAGCCUCGCCUACCGUCAUUUCUUGUCUUUUGCGCAUUCUUCUUCAUCCUCGAAUAACAGAUCUCCAGCUCUCAGAUCUAAGUUAUGUUGGCUCUGUAGAAUUAGAAACCUUGGAUAAAGUAGAGUUAACAUUGAUGAAACUGUUGCCUUCUAUGACACAGUUAACACAGUUAAACUUAUCUACUCAUCUGAACAAAAUCACACUUCCAUCAUGCUCCUCUGGGAUACUGGAAAUCUUGGGACGCUCAUGCCCUAACCUAACACUUCUGAACCUAAACAGUAACAACCGUGUAAGUGGAGAAGGAUUGCUUCAUCUGUAUCCAACAGACAAUCAACCUGGAUGUAUCAAGUUAGAAAAACUCUUUAUUCAGGACUGUAGUGUUGAUCCAGAAGAUGUAGCAAUGCUUAUUCAUUUUUUCCCAAAUUUGCAAAUAGUAGGGUACAAAGAACUUGGGACAUCAUUACAGAUACUGAAAUCACAGCCCAAAAAAUUUGGUCGUAGAAGACGACGCUGGCAGUAUUGCCUAAAGCUUACUCACGUUGAUAAUACUUCGUCAAGAGCACAAAAAUGUGAUGGUGAAAUAGUGGAUUUUGUAUGUGAAACAUGUCCAGAUAUAGAGAAUUUAAAAGUCCGUGUGUGUGAUGAAGAUGUAGAAGGACUUGGAAAUUUAGCCAAACUUAAGCACUUGGAGCUCCGCUUUUACACAGGAGUGCAUCAUCCCAUUGGCCGCUCUACAGAAAACUACUUUAAGACCCAUGGUUGUCAUUUGGCGUCUCUCACAAUAUACUGCAACCGUCUACAUUCUAACUAUGUGCAGAUUAUAGCUGAAAACUGCUACAACUUGACAAAACUGUUCUUGCAUGCAAAUGUAUCUGUUGUUGAUAGAUCACUCAAGAACAGCUGCAACAAGCUACAAAAGUUGGAGGUCUUGAGCUUACGAUUAGGACAUGACGAGCUUAUCAUGAGUCCCACAGCCUGUGACUUGGUAUUUUUCUUAUUGAGGGAAGCUCACUACCUUCAAGAGUUGUACUUAUUGGUGCGCUCCCAUGCUGUUCAUCAUGGUUUCAUAACCAAGCUUUUGGUUAUUAAUAAACUUUCACAUUUAAAGAUGUUAAUAGCAGAUGUUGCUCGGAGAACUUUAUCAGUUCCAAUGCUGGAGUUGACAAUAGAGACUGCUUUCCUACUUAUCGACACCUGCCCACAUUUGCAACUAUUGGGCAAUUUAAUUUGCUGGAAUGUAACACCUGAAGAGGUAGCAGAGUUACAGUCGGUGACAAAAAUGCGUAACUACAAUCUUACAGUUAUCUAUACACAGUCAAAUAAAUUGAAUGACAAAAUACGACAAUAAAUGUUUAACAGACAUACACCAGUAGAAUAUACAUAACAUUGUGUAGUACAAGACAGUACUAACAUUGUGGUUAGUGCUUUGUUUCAAUCUUUAAAUAGAAAAAAUGGAAAUACAUUGAGUAAUGUUCACCUUAGGCAGUUUGUGAUAAUUCUAUUUUUGUAUCAACAAGCUUAGGUAUACACAGCAAUGUGCUGCUACCCUAUUCUAUAUGAAAGAUUACAGAGUGUAGCUCAGAAACUAGCUAUAAGUUCAUCUAAUUUCCCCAUCUCAUUAGACGGGUUAGUCAUACAGGGAAUCAGGAGAGAACAUGAAAUACGAGGCUGAUCUAUCGGCCUGCAUUAGCAAAAUUUGGGUAGAGCACAAGAAUAUCUAAUAAUAUU